CAUUCAAGUGAACAGUUGUUUUUUCAUAUUUAUUUAUUUCACUUCGGCGAAUUGUAGUAUAGCUGGCACUGACUGCCACUCUGUUAAUCUGUUCAAUUUAUCGAACUUAAGCUAAGAAAUUAAGAAAAGAAUUUCAUGUAUUUCAAAGAAAAUAGGAACUUUUCAGAUCUACUUCACUUUUUGUUGAUAAAACAGAUAAUACACCAUUAUUUGAAGAUUAUUUAGAAGAAGGCUUAAUUUUACUGCGCUAUAAAUAUAUUUUGAAGUAUAAUUUGUGAAGUACAAACAUACUGAAAGAAAGUUGUAAAAGAGACGAACUUCGAUUCAAUGCUUCUAUUUAAUCCGAUGUUUUAAUUUGAUCAUAAAAAAAGUGAUAAUGAUAAUUCCAAUUUCAAAAACUAAAGUAUUUAGUUUAGCCGCCUUUAUCGUUCUAAUCAUCGGAUGUAUAUGGUUCGUUUAUCAGUUAAAAUUUCAAAACAGCGAACAUGCAGAUCAACCGGAUGAAUUCAAUCGUCAUGCAAUUGUUAGUAAUGGACCUGAGUGUGCGGAAAUCGGAAUGAAAAUUCUGAAGGACCAUAAUGGAACGGCCGUUGAUGCAGCGAUAUCAAUUUUAUUUUGUGAGGGUAUCACAGUCAGCCAGUCAAUGGGCAUUGGAGGUGGUUUUAUUGCCACUGUUUACAAUAAAGAGAGUGGCAAAGUUGAUACUAUAUUAGCGCGCGAACGAGCACCGCUCGCAUCAACCGAGAAUAUGUUUGAAAAUAUGACAACGGUUACCGGCAUUUUAUCGGUAGCUACUCCGGGCGAGCUCAAAGGCUAUGGUGAGUUACACAAAAAAUUUGGACGUGUCCCGUGGAAAACCUUAAUUCAACCUACAAUUGAAUUGUGUCGAUCGGGCCAUAUCGUUACCGAUUAUUUGGCAAGAGUAUUGGAAUUGUAUCGGCAACCAAUUUUCAAAUCAAGCUCGUUAUCAGAAGUAUUUGUGAAUCCCGCAACGAAUGAUCUAUGGAAGGCUGGAGAUAAAAUCCGUCGAUUGAAAUUGGCCGAAACUUUGGAAGUUAUUGCAAAGGAAGGACCCGAUACAAUGUACACAAGAAACGGAACCAUAGCAAAAUUGCUUGUGAAAGAAAUUCAAGAGCUUAAAGGAAUUUUGACGAUCGAAGAUUUUGUUAACUAUGAAGUGGAAUGGGCAGAGCCCGUAACUACAAAACUUAAAGGAAAUUACACACUACAUUCAACAGGAUUGCCUGGUUCCGGAUUGAUUCUUGCAUUGAUUUUGAAUGUCAUGAAUGGAUACGACGCGUCAUUUUCGGUUGAAUAUAUCCAUAAAAUGGUUGAAAGUUUUAAAUAUGGUUAUGCAAAACGCACAUUUCUCGGUGAUUUAAAUUAUAAUAAAUCAUUCAUUGAUGCAUUUUCGGAUAUGAAAACAGCUGAUGAUAUUCGAACGAAAAUUUCCCCCGAUCGUACUUUUAAUGACUACAAACAUUACGGUGCGGAGUAUUCAAUGGAAGCUGAUCACGGUACAGCACAUAUUUCGGUAUUGUCCGCAAAUGGCGAUGCGAUAUCUAUUACGAGCACCGUUAAUUCGAUAUUUGGGAGUAAGAUUCGUUCCAAAAGUACCGGCAUCAUUUUAAACGAUGAAAUGGAUGAUUUUGCAACACCCGGAAAGAAAAAUGGUUUUGGAUUAGAACCAUCCAUGGCAAACUUCAUUACACCAAACAAACGACCCCUUUCAAGCAUGUGUCCCGUUAUCGUUAUCGACAAAAAUUCAAAUGCUAUUUUUAUUGCUGGAAGUGCUGGCGGAUCGAAAAUCAUAACAACAGUUGCAUAUAUUUUUGCGAAGCACUUUUGGCUGGGAGAAUCUUUAAAAGAUGCCAUUUAUUCCAAGCGAAUUCAUCACCAACUCUUGCCAAUGGAAAUUUCAUGCGAAAAAGGUUUCAAUUCAACGAUUCUCGAAGGGUUACAAAAAAUGGGGCAUACCAUUAGUGCAGAUCAAUUUGUAACCGGUUUCACUGCGUUUGCGGCUAUUUCGAGAGUUAGCGGAUCAAUUGAAGCGUUCUUCGAUCCAAGGCGUUACGGCAGCAUACAAAUAGAUUGAAUGUGAUUUUAAACGGAAGUACAUAUGUACUACAAUGAGGUCCAAUUAGUUUUAAAAUACGAUGCAUGUAAAUCUCGAUAUUUAAAUCAAGCAAUCAAAAUAUUCGAAAUUAAUACGAAUAUUUUUAAACCAAAUAGCCUUGUCGAAAAAAAAAACUCGUAACACGAUUAAAGUCAUUGUGCCUUACAUAUUUUUUUCGCGGGGUCACUAAUGAUAACAUUGUAUUACAGUGCAUGAGUAAUUAAUUUUUUUGUGGCAUUAUUAAAAAUGAACAUUGACAUUGACCACUUUAUAUCAUAUAUAAAAAAGGAGGCAAAACCUCGGCGACACCAUCUACUUAUCAAGUGUGUAUAUAAAAAUAAUAAAUCGUUCCAUAAAAAGAAUUUCGCACUACCAAAUCUAGAAUAUGCGUUGUAUUUAAAUCGUUACAGCACAAUUCGUGACCGAUAAUUGAUGAUUAUAUAUAAUGCUAUAAGCUGACCGAAUUACGUACAAACAAUAUGUUGUUAAAUUAUCAAUAAACAUUAGGCUAUUAGAUUUAAUAAAUAAAUACGUACUUAAGACCUUU